AUGAAUGUCGCACGUGCCUGGCCUCCAAAUAAGGAAAUCAAAUCGGGUGGUCGAUCUUGGAAGUCUGUAGGUGGAUCUCGGAAACCAUUGAGUGGAUCUCGAAAAUCUUUGAGUGGAUCUCGAAAAUCAUUGGAUGGAUCUCGAAAAUCAUUGGGUGGAUCUCGAAAAUCAUUGGGUGGAUCUUGGAAAUCAUUGGUGGAUCUCAGAAACCAUUGGGUGGAUCUCGAAAAUCAUUGGGUGGAUCUCGAAAAUUAUUGGGGUGAAACUUGGCAGUGGACGUGUGAAACUUGUGGUGGACGUGUGAAACUUGGUGGUGGACGUGUGAAGCUCGGUGGUGGACGUGUGAAACUCGGUGGUGGACGUGUGAAACUCGGUGGUGGAUGUCCUGGUGGUGGACGUGUGAAACUUGGUGAUGGACGUGUGAAAUCUGGUGGUGGAUGUGUGAAACUUAGUGGUGGACGUGUGAAGCCUGGUGGAUGUGUGAAACCUGGUGAUGGAUGUUUCAAAAUUCGACAAUGGAUAUUAUUUAACGGACGUAACAUUUUAAUUGGUUGGUUACGACGGUU